UUCUGGAAGCCGGAGCUCUUCUUCAGCGAGCUCGAAGGUGUCCUGGCGACCAGGGUGGGAUACACGGGCGGGGACUCCCCCGCGCCCACGUACGACAGCGUGUGUGACGGCGACGGCCACACCGAGGCGAUCCGCGUCGUCUUCGACCCGACCGUCCUCCCCUACGACACCCUCCUGGCGCACUUCUUCGACGUCUCGGGUACCCGGGCGUUCAAGGCGAGACCAAAGGCCCAAUACAAGUCCGCCGUGUGGGUCGUGGACGAGACCCAGCGCGCCGCGGUGGAGGCCUCCAUCGCGCGACUCUCCGCCGCCAUCGGCGACGACGGCGCGGUCGUCACGGAGGUCCUCGACUUUAAGUCCUGGGCCGACGCGGAAGAGAGGCACCAGAACUACAUGCGCAAG